GUCUACGUCUCCGGCUGCCCAAGAGGCGAAGACCCAAGACACACAUUGAGCAAAGUUUGUUGACUUCUCUUUUUUACGCUAUGUGCUUGUUUGUAGUAUUUGUAUGUGCAGACAGUCUGCUAUUCACAAUUAUUUAAACUUGAUAUUAGCCGAUACAGCAAAAGCAAGUCUAGAAGCAAAGCACGGAAAGUAAGUUCAAUGAAUAAAUGCUUUAUCUUUGACCCUGUUCUUCAUUCUCACUCUACCCCAGAUCGUUACAAGAGCUGAUAUAAGCUGAAAUCAAGAAAAUGGGCAAGAGUGGGUGUGCAAAAGGAGGGUGUUCAAGUAGUUGUGCAGAGGUUGGAGGGUGUCCCAGUGACUAUGUGGCUCUGUCUGUCUCUGUUAUUUCCCUCAUUUUACUUCUUGCUCGGGCUGCAUCCCCAUUUUAUAUUCACAAGGUUCGUCGGCCUAAAGGCAGCAGCUUUUGGCUCCCUGCAAUUCAGUUAUUAGCAAGCUUCGAUCUUCUACUGUCACUUGUGAUGUCCCUUCGGAUUUUCAAAUAUACAUCUGGGCAUUGGUGGCGGUCAUGCUAUAUUUGGGCAGUCUGGUUUGAAGGGCCACUUGGAUUCGGUCUGCUAUUGAGCAGUCGCAUUACCCAGGCUUUUCAACUAUAUCAUAUAUUUCUCAGGAGACGCUUACCACCUAUUAGGUCAUACAUUUUUCUACCAUUAUUACUUUUGCCUUGGGUCGCUCUUUCUGCAUUUAUACACUUGAGAAGACCUUUGAAUGGUCGAUGCCAUAUGGGAGUCAAUUAUAUUAUUCCAAGCAUGAGCCUUCAUGGGUUAUAUAUUGCUGCUUUGGUUGCUUUCACAGGAGCCAUCCAUCACAUAGAAUUUAGAUUUCAUGAGCUCAAAGACCUUUGGCGGGGAAUACUAGUCUCCGCAACUUCUAUCGCAAUCUGGAUAGUUUCUUACGUUUUAAACGAGAUCCUUGAAGAAACUGAAUGGCUUCAAGUGACAUCCAGAUUUAUGCUAUUAUUGUCGGCAGGUGUACUUGUACUGGCUUUCUUCUCUAUUUCAAGUUCUCAACCACUUGUCGCGGUCAUGAGCUUGAAAAACAAAGAAAACCAGGAUUUCAGUACUAUGGGUUGGGCUUUGGGUAUACCUGACACUGAGCAGUAUAGGGAACCAGCAAAAAUUCUGGACCCUAAUGAACCUCUAGAAAAGCUUCUUUUGGACAAAAGAUUCCUACGGUCUUUCAUGGCAUUUGCAGAUAGCUGCAUGGCUGGUGAGAGUGUGCAUUUUUACGAUGAAGUGCAACAACAUGAUAAGAUUCCUGUUAGUGAUACUGUAAGAAGAAUUUACAUGGCACGUCAUAUAAUCCAGAAGUAUAUAACAGCAGGUGCAUCGAUGGAGGUGAACAUAUCUCACCGAAGCCGACAAGAUAUAUUGACUACUGCUGAUCUGGCACACCCUGAUCUUUUCAGAAAUGCACUCAAUGAGAUUAUUCAGCUAAUGAAAAUGAAUUUGGCAAGAGAUUAUUGGUCAUCAAUGUUCUUCAUGAAGUUCAGAGAAGAAGUUAACAUGAAAACAGUUGACCAUGAAUCAGAACAGUUGCAUGGCUGGAAUUUCUCUCCAAGACUGAGUUCUGUUCACUGUACUGAUGAUCCUUUUCAUCAACACAGUGGUAAUAUAGAGCUACAAUGAAUAUUAUAAUGAUAUUAUAAUUUUCAUCAGUAUGAAGUUCAGAUAUACAAGCUGCUAAUACUCCCUUUAUGAGAUUGUUAUUACCUGGAGCGAGUGAAGUGGCUUAUUGAUUCUGCAUGUAUGGUCAAGCUAAAGUUGUUGCAUUUCACCAAGUACAAAGCAACUGGCAGUCUGUUGUUUUUGGAUCUUGCAACCAUGCUCCGGUGAAAAACGAGGAAAACAAAGCUUACCUUGUUUGCCCCAUUCUCCUAAAGUGAGAGUCCCCCCUGCAGGAUUUCCAGAUUUUGCGGGAUGAUUCUCUCUGUGCUACAUCUUCUUUAAGGUUACCAGCUUCUUAUUCUUCAGGACACAGAUAUAUCUAUUUUAACUAGUACAUAGAUAGAUGUUGUCAUGUUGGUAACAUCAAGAUAUACAUGAUUGGUAUAGAUUUCAGCUAAGAUACUCAGAGUUAUACUUGUACUAGAGGAUGUAUAUAUAUUUAAAAAGUCCAGGAGCAUUUAAUCUCUAUAUAUAUUAUUAUUAUCA